ACCAUUAAACAAAGCGAAGAAGAAGAAGAAUCAGAAGCAGCACAGACAGAGGGAAGUGAAUUUGUUCUCUGGACAGACAGUUGUUAUAAUUGUCACAGUUUUUGUCAUGAGUGGGCUUCAAGUGUAUUUUGUCACUCGGAGAUAACAGCUGGAUGUGUUGCUGUGUCUCAGUGUUUAGUAAAUCUGACGGACAGAAGCUCUGUGGAUGAAAAGAGAUGGAGUUGUCUCAGAGGGACCGGCUGUCAGAGCUGGUGGAGGUGCUGACCACAUCUGGACAGCCUCAGCUAGACCAAGACAAGAUGAAGGAAAUCAAGAAGAUCUGCAAAGUGUCUGAUGACUGCAUCGGCCACGUGUAUCACUCCAUUUUGUCCCAGCUCAACCAGGACCACGCUGAGAUCCGACUGUCCGCCUUUCAGAUCGCCAGCGAGCUUUUCUCCAGAUCACACCACUUCAGGACGCUGCUGGUCGACAACUUCCAGGAGUUCUUGGAGUUGACUGUAGAGACGGACUUGGAGCAGCCCCUCCCUCCUCCUAAAGAAGUAGCCAGAAAGCUGAGGUCACUGGCGAUUCAGACCGUCCAAACAUGGCAGGCCUCUUAUGGUACCGCGUAUAAGAAGUUAGCUCUGGGCUACCACUUUCUCAAACAGGUCAAGAAGGUGGACUUUCUGGAUGCUGAGGCUCGGACUGUAGCCGAGAGAAGGAGGGAGGAGGAGAGACAGAGGAAGAUGGCGAGGAUCUACAAGGAGAGGGUUGAGGCAGCGUCCAAAGACAUGGAGGAGUCCCAGCAGGAAAUGGAGGCGACGCUGACAGAGAUGGAGUCGUGUAUGAUGCUGCUUAUCCCUGGGUUUGAACUCACAGGCGCCCAGUCAUCCAGUAGCAGCCCUCCAAACUCCCAACCAGCCAAUGAGUGUCCAUCAGAAGAUGAACAGCCCUGCUGCAGCAAAGACCUGAAGGAUGACCGAGGAGAAAGAGACGGACAGGAGGAGGAGAAGAAGAGAGAGAUGGAGGGAGAGGAGGUUGGAAGUAGUGCAGAAGAGGAGGAGGAGGAGGAGGAGGAGGAGGAGGAGGAGGAGGAGGAGGAGGAGGAGGAGGAGGAGCCUCAGCCUCUCGGUGAAGACUGUUUUAUCCGUAACUCAGGACUCAUCUCUCACUCCUACAAUCUGGACCUGAACAUCAGUCCUGGUCUUCAUGUCAGGGAGACGGAGGAUAAUGAAGCAGUGGUCUCCACAGUGAUAGACCUCCACAAACUGAUUCAAACCAAACACCUGCCAGCUGUGCAGGGAUGGAUACAGGUGUUUACUAAAGCGUGCGCUGAUGAGCAGCUGCUGAGGAGAGCUCUGGAUCUGAAGGGCUCUCUAGAAGCAGCCCUGCAGAAACACAAAGAGCUUCACAUCGACUACAAGACCAGAAUCCGCAGAGUGAUGAAAGCCUCAGCAGAUGGGGAGGAUGAUGAUGAUGAUGAUGACGAUGAUGAUUUUGAUGAGGUUCCAGAGAAAGAGGGAUAUGAGCCACACAUUCCAGAGCAUCUACGAGCCGAAUACGGUUUGGAUCCGUCUCCUUCCACCUCGACAGCAGCUGUCACUAAAAAACCUCCGGCUAGAAGACCUGUGGCUCCUGCUCCUCCACCCUCCUCCUCCCUCUCAUCCUCCUCCAGGCGACUAAAGCGUCUGAAAGAGGACGAGCAGGAUCCAACACGUGCAGCUGCCACACUGAGCAUCCUCAGAAAAAACCUCCCUCUACCGCCUGCAGGGCCCAGCAGCUCCUCCGCUCCCAGUUCAUCCCGUUCCAGCUCCGACCAGAAGGCCGUCGAUGCUCCUGUGGUUCCCUUUGGUUUGGACCUUUACUACUGGGGGGAGGAGCAGCCAAACGCUGGCAAGAUCAUCAAGUCGAGCUCUCAGCAUCAGUUCUGGGUUCACGCCGAGGUGAACGAGGAGGUGCAGAACGAGGAGCUGCUGGCAGAGAGCAAGAGCAGGUACAUCUCCUUCCCCGGGAGAUUCACUCCGGUCAGCCAUCACUGCAGAGCUCCGCUGGGCGACGGGAAGCUGUGUCAGAGGCAGGACCGACGCAAGUGUCCUUUCCACGGCCCCAUCAUCCCUCGAGACCAGGAGGGGAAACCCUGCAGGGUGGAGGACCGAGUAAGGGAAGAGCGAGAGGAGAGGAGGAGGAGGGAGGAGCACCCAGACUGGCGUGAUGCUGAGCUGAUGCGAGACAUCGAGUUGGCAACAGGGGAAAACCUGGGCUCCGACAGGGUCGGUAAGAGGAAAGGAAAGAAGAAGAAAUACCCGAACCUCAGCGAUCUGAAGCAGAACGCCAACACAGCCCGAUCCAGACUGGAGAGAAAAGUCUUCAACAAGAGCACCAUGCGCAGAGUGGCUGAUGUGAUGGCUAAAGCUGACACCAGAAAACAUGACAAGUUCUCGAACCAGUUCAACUAUGCCUUAAACUGACCUCCGACCAGCUAAACAUGCCUUCAGAUGGACAGAGAGACUCUUUUUACACUCUAUCGCACUGAAAGAAGGAACGAUUCUAAUUUAUUGAUGAACACAUACAGCUGAACAUGAUGGAAAUAGUAUUCGUAAUAAAGCUUGAACACUAAGAUGCAGCAGAAAAGCUUAUUUAAGAUGUCAGAGUUAAUGAAAUGUACAAACACACUCCUGAAUGAGUCUGUUCUGCCUCGAUUGACCGAACCUUCACUGUUUAUCUCAUGCCAUAAUGUUUAAUAUUGCCUUUGUAUCAGCAGAAUACAAUGUAAUUCCUCUUUUUAAGGUAUCACGUAGUGGAUGAGUUCUUUGUAAUGUUUUUAUGUGUUUGUAUUUUUAUGUGUUAAAUCUACACGUGGUAAAUAAACCUCACGCAUGUUAAAAUGUUUGUAUCAAGAGUAAAAUCUGAAGCUCUUUCCUCA